GUGACGGACAGGUUGGGUGAGUGGGCAGAUGCAUGGCAGAUGCAAUUUAAUGUGGAUGAAUGUGAGGUUAUCCACUUUGGUAGCAAAAACAGGAAGGCAUAUUAUUAUCUAAAUGGUGUCAAGUUGGCAAACGGGGAAGUACAAUGGGAUCGUUGCAUCUCCCCUUUUCCUAAUCGGCCACCAUUCAGAUAAUAGUCUACUUUCCUGUUUUUGCCACCAAAGUGGAUAACCUCACAUUUAUCCACAUGACUGUAUGGCAAAUCAAAUUCCUCGUCUGUUGCAAAACAUACUUGGCUAAUAAAGUAUGAUUAUGAUUUUGUGUCUAUCUAGGGUGGGGGAGGGACGGAGUAGGAAUUAUGUUCGGCACAAACAUUGUGGGCCGAAGGGCCGUUCCUGUACUGUACUUGAGACCAGCAACCUCAAUUGAAUCUGCUUCAAACUGACACACCUGUAACCGAAUAAUAUGCAAAUCAACACCGCUUCACAUUGCACAGAAUUCCCGGUUUAUAUGGUACGAGUCUGAUUUUAUUGUCUUCUUUCAACGUGAAAACCAAAAAUCUCCCUAUGACUGCCAGCAGUAAUAGGCUCAUGCAAAGUUAUCGUAUAAUGUUGAAAUGCAAUUACUGUAAAAACGAGCCAAAAAUGAGUUGUCCCACCAAGAUUACAACAUGCGCUAUUUUUAUCUAAUUUACAGCGAGCUGGAGCCAAACUGAUUUUUUUUUCUCCUUUUGCCAAGCGAGACUUUGUGAAGAAGUUACUAUUUCACCAAACGGAGACGGUGUAAUGCGGAUGAGGAGGUGAAUUGGCAUCGCCCUGACAUUCCCUCCACCUCGUGUAGCUCAGUCAUUAUUAGUUCGCUUUUUGAAGCCUUCGCUUUGCUGCAGUUUGUUCACUCUAUAUGGUUAUACGGUGAAGUUACAGUCACCUCCCAUCCAGGCGUGGGGAUGGAGCUUAAAGCCAACUUUUUUUGGGGAACAGAGAAGCAAAGUUCCUAGUGGUGUGCCUGAAAUUCCUAUGCAGGAAGAUCAACGUCAUUCCGUAAAGAAAAAAACCCUCAGACCAGAGUAACAGGAAAAGCCCGAGACCAAGGCAUUGCUCUUCGGUGUACUGGGCUGCUCAUCUCCAGAGGGCAGACCCACGACCAGUUCAAUUGUUGAAGCUUUCUGUCUCUCUCCUGCAGACCUGAAACCAGCUGUUCUCCGGGAGAGAAAAAUAAAGUUUGCUCCAUCGUUUGCACUGUCAGAGGCUGAGCUGCAACGGAGGGAAAGUGGACACUUGGAACAACUGCCCCCUGCGACAAUGGCCGCAAGAUUAGCUGAGAGCGAGGCAGUGUUCCUAAGCUGCUCUUUGAUUCUGUUCGGUUUCUUGAUGUCUGGCGUUGAAACGACUCUUCCUCCAUCUGCCAGUUACAACCUCUAUUCGUCCAGGUCCAUUCCGCAGUUUGCUGGCAGCAGAACUCCAGGACGCAGCAAGAACUGGUGCGCCUACAUUGUUAAGAAGAACGUGACCUGCUCGGUGAUGGACGGCGCAGAGAGCUACAUCAAGGCUGAAUACCAGCCGUGUCCCUGGGGUCUACCCAACUGUCCGCCUGCCGUGGUAUAUCGGACACAUUUUCGCCCAACGUAUAAAGUUGCUUUUAAGGUGGUGACCCAGCUGGCGUGGAGGUGUUGCCCUGGAUUUAAGGGUGAAGAUUGUAAGGAUGGCCUCUACACACGCACUGGCAUUUCUCCUCUGCCAUCUUCUGAAACCCGCAAGAGGAAUCUUAACCCAGAAACGACAGAUGGUCAACGUCAUAAAGAACCAUCUACUGAUGUGCAAAGCCUGAAAAUACAGCAGUUGGAAUAUGAAGUACAACGUCUUAACCAGGUUCUGGAAAAAAUGCAGGCUUCAGUAACAGGACUGGGGGACAGUCUGAGGCACACUGUCCAGGAAGAUACCAGCAAAACACUUGCAACAUUGUUGAACAAUCUAAGGCUCUCUGGCAGUGCUGUUGGCUUCGAGACUACCCAUGAGAAUGGAGACACAGUUUAUCAAUCGGGAAUGGGUGAGGUGAUGUCUAGGCUAACAGAAGUAAAGGACACAUUGAAGAAUAAGAGUGAUAUGUUGGAUGAACUUCACGGAAUGGUGAGUGGGCAUGAUGGACAAUUGAAACAGCUGAUGGAAGUAGCCCAAGGACCUAUCGCUACUCAUUCUCCUUUUGCCAAUGGCGACUUUUACCAGUCUUACAUUGAUGGCAAAUUUAAAACUCUGAGGGAAGAGAUGAUGCUCGGCAUUGACAUGAAGUUUGCAGAUCUGAAGAACUCCUGCGAGUACAAGCUAAUGUCUCUCAAGCAUCAGUGCGAAGAAAAUGAAUUGCAGUAUGAGAACAUGGAAAGACGACUUGACGAGAAAGAGGAUGGACUGAAAAAGGAAAUCGAUAAUAUCAGGAAGGUUCUGCAGCAAUCGCCAGGUCACUACAACUGCUGUGCUUCCAUAAGCACCUUAAAACGCCGAUUGAAUAACAUGGACAUAAGGGUCUACAGAAUAGCAGAUGCAAACCAGGCGUUGAACGCUAGAUUAGACAAUGAACUGGAGCGUUUUACGACCUUUAAUCUGGAAAACAUUUUUGGUGAGAGACUGGAAGAAAUUGAAUCUCGAAUAAAUGUGACGGAGAGGAAUGCCGAGGAGCACUGCUUUUACAUUGAGUACACUCUGAGAGGACAUAUCGACACUGAAGUUGAUGGUGUUAAGGGACUGUUGAAGAAAGAGCUCCAAUUGUUACGGACCAAACAUGACAAUGAUUUGGCACUGAUUGGCAACACAACUUUUGCUGCUGCGAUAGACAGUGAGCUAGAAUCGAUACUCCAGAAAGAUUUGUAUUCCAGGAAUGAUCAAAUCAAUAAUAUCAUGGAGCAUAUUGAGAACAGGUUGCAAGAGUUGGAAAAUGUAUGUCAGAGCGGCUGUACAUCUGAUGCCAGGGAGAUGAGGGACAUCAGGAAGGAUUUAGAAACCUGCAAGAACAACGACAAAGAGUUGUUCCUAAAAACUGAGCAAAAUUUGCAUCUUUUUACGUCUCUGAACUGCACAGUUCAUGAAGGUUUCAGGAAGGUUCAAGAUAAUACAGACUUGCAAACGACACACAGAGAAAUCAACAAAUUGAAAUUUAUCUUGAACUCCAUUGAGGAUACCGUACAAACUCAGUGGGAAGGUCUGAACAAGAGCUCUGAAGCACUCUUAACCGUCGAGUCCGCUUUAACGAAGAGGCAACAGGAGUUCCUGGAUAAGAUUUACAAGCUGCAAGAAAAGGACAGGAACUUGGAAACACAGCUGCAGAGGAAUGAGAGCCAGUUAAACGAAAUGAAGGAACAACUGGAGCAGCUCACAGGUCAGAUGGCAAAAGACAUUAACGAGUGUAAGCACGGUACCCAAGGCAUCCAGAAGGAAGUCUCCCAUAUUGACAGCAAGAUUGCACACAUUGAAAACGUUUGCAGUAAGCUGGAUAAUAUUUCUGGCAGCCUCCAGCGAAUUAAAGAUGGGCUGAACAAACAUGUCAGUAGUCUUUGGAACUGCAUCCAUCAGAUAAACGAAACUGUAAAAUGGCACACCACAGAUAUAGUCACACUGAAGAAACCUACUCGCCGACUCCGAAUUCAAAGCCCCAAAAUUAGACACAAAGUUAAUGGUUUCCUUCCACGCCACCCCAUACCAGUGGAAAGGGGCCAAGCGGGACCGCCGGGACCACCCAACCCAGCAAGCCUUCCACCUGACUCACCGAGACACCCACCCAAUUCGGCAAGGAUCCCGCCCACCUCUCCACGUAUCCCACCCAAAUCGGCAAGACGUCCACACAACUCGCCGAGACUUCCACCCGCUGCCGGAACAAGCCAGAGUGUCAUUCGGGAAGUUGGUUACGCAGGUCCACCAGGAUCGAGGGAUAUCCCAGAUAUUAAUGGCUCACCUAGGAUCAAGGAACACCAAAGCACACCACCAAUGACCAGGCAAAACGGAGUCACCAGCAAUAUAGGUGUCCAAAAGCACGUGGCCUUUUCCGUAGGCCUGACCAGAAAACCAUUUGUUGGCGAUGCAGGAAUAAUCCGAUUCAAUAAAGUUUUAGUUAAUGACGGAUACCACUACAAUUCAAAUACAGGUAUAUUUACUGUUCCUUUGGAAGGACAGUACCUCAUCACUGCAGUUCUUGCUCCUCAGAGGAAUGAACACAUUGAAGCAACCCUCACUGUUUCUAAUCGAAGUAUCACACAGAUGGACACGGCUGGCUAUCGGAUAGAGCUGUUGGAAUCUCAAAGACCCUUCCUAAGAAGAGAGAUUUGUGGGGGAAUCGGGACCUUCAACCUGAUUCUAAAUCUUAAAGUUGGGGAUGAAGUGAGUGUCUUUGUGAUUGAUGGUAAACUAGUCAACACAGAUGAAAUGUACUCAACUUUCAGCGGGACUUUGCUAUACGAAACAUCCCCACAGAGCUAGCCAACUUGAAAACUGGGCAAAUUAACGUUUAAAAUACACCAAUUUAGGGUGUGCAAAGGGAUGUGGAUAUUCCUGAAUCUGACAGUCAAAAAAAUAUAUAAAAUGUCACUUCCUUUAAGGACUAAUUCCACCAAGUUAGAAUUCUGCAUAAGCUUCCGGCUUAUGAUUUUAACAUUCAAGACUUUUAAAUAAUCUUUCCAUAAUAGGAUUUCACGAUCAGUCAUUUUACUAACUUAAAAAGUAUUGUCUGUUGUGAGAGUUACUUUGAAAUAGUACAAUUUCACUUGUUCACACAGUUUACCAGAAUGUCACAGCUGGAGGGUUGUCCAAUCAAAUGUUUUACAUAUUUAUGGGUGUGCAAACUUUAUCCAUGUGAUGGCAAUUUUUUUUUUUUUUUUUUCAUUUUCUGGGUAGUUAUUUUCAGUUGAACUGUUGACAAUCUGUUCUUAAUUCAGCAACAAAAUAUUCCCCCCCUUCACCCUCACUCUAUAUUUAAAUCACAGGGAAAAUGUUCCUUAAAGCUUAAACCUGCUCUGAAAUGCAAUCUUGGGAGUAAAUAGAUAAAAUUAAGAAUGAUACAAUUACAUUAUGUCUGUGAAGAUGCAAUAAUUUAUAGUAAUAAUUUACUAUUUAAACCUGUGCUCCACUUUAUGAUAUACUGGCUUGGUGUUAAUGGUUAUAGGGAGAAGGCAGGAGAAUGGGGUUGAGUGGGAAAGAUAGAUCAGCCAUGAUUGAAUGGCAGAGUAGACCUUAUUAGACUGAAUGGCCUAAUUCUGCUCCUAUCACUUAUGAAAAGUAGCUUUGCUGCAUACCAUCAAAAUGCAUCAUUUGAAGGGAUUAUUGCACUUGCAUAGGUAAAUUCUUGUCUUGUGCUCUCUUGCUACAUUUUAUGUUCCUGUAUGAAUCAGUGCACCAAUGUAAACCAACAAAACUGAAUUUAGUUAUGCAUGUUGCCAAAAUGUUAACAUGCAUCAUCGGGUUCUUUGGUGGAAUGGGGGGGUGGUAGAGGAAGGGAGAAUCAUGUAUUUUCUUGACACUUGCUUUAAACAACAUUAAGACAUGGACAACUACAAGAAAGGUAAAAAGCCAUUCGGGAAAAAGCUUUGAAAAGUAAAAAUAUGCUAAGCGCAAUAAACAAUCGAUGGUGGGAGAAUGUGGUAGAUGGAAUGCAAUUCAUAAUGAAUGGCUCACACCGUAAACCACCUCAAACUCAGGUUAUCAUUGGCUAUAUUUCUUGGACUCUAUAGCCAGUCUCUUAAAAUAUUUUGUGUCCAAAUAAAUAGCAAUUUGCUUUUGCUAAUGUCUUACAAUAAUGCAAUUUUAGGUUGCCUUUUGGAAUUAAUAUUCUAUAAACUGAAAAUGUUAAUUCAUACAAAUUGGAUAUCAACUUUAACUCUUUAACACUACUUUAUCACAAGCAUUUUAUAAAAAUAAGCUAGAGAAACAAUUCAAAGAACAUUUGAAAGAGUAUUAAUAUAACUUUUGAUAUUUAUAAUAGCUAAAUAUACAAUUUUCCUACUCAACUACACUUAAACUUCAGACAAUACAUUUGUUAGAUUUUAUUAAAAUAAAUAGUUCAUUAUUUUACUUUGGAAGGUCUCCUUUCUUGUAGCAUGAAGAUCUUCCUUUAAACAAGAUCCUUCGUUAAUUUUGGUGCAAAGGAAUUACUUGAGUAUUCUGGUACAGACAAUGGUUAGGCCCAAAUGAAAUGCUCACACAUCCUCCUCCACAGAGCACUACAGUGUUUCAAUAUUAAAUGUUAUUUUAAGAUGGAAGAUGCCAGAGCAGAUAAUUAUAUUGAAAGAUCCAUAAUGGUAAUGUUUAACCUUCAGUUUUAAAGGAAAGAAAAACAAAUAGGAAGUUCUGGGAUAUAGAAACAUAAAAUUUGAAAUACUCAACCAGUCAGAUAGUGUGUGGAGAAUAUUCUCUGCAGAAGUCGCUUAAUUUGAGUAUUUCCGGUAUUUAAAAAUAUUGUAUGGUCAAUUAUUCCUCGUUUUAAAAACAAUGAAGAUUUAGGUCCAAGAAAAUUUGCACGGGUCCCCCAAUGAGCUAACUUAUAGAAAGUCUAGUGUAACCAGUUUUAAUCAACCAAUUUUUAAUUGUUCAUUGUUCAAACAAUUUUUAAAGCAUAUCUUCUAAACCUAAAAUAAGUAAAAUACUCUAGGAUCAAGUUAAAAUCAGCGAUCAAUAAUGGGUGUGGACUUGAUGGGUCGAAGGGCUUAUUUCCAUACUUCUCUCUGACACUACAGAAGUGAAGAAAAACAUGAAUUCUAUUGAAGUAUUUUGAAACCCAAAAUGCAUGUGAACUUUUGCUCUUUGAAUGAUCUGGUCUCAUGUAUUAUUGUAUCAAUGAGGAUAUUUUACCGUUUUAUCAAGGUUAAUAAUCCUAUUGAUUAAACAUAUAUUUUUAAAAACA